UGAUAUGGUAAAGUUACGGUCGCUGCUUGGUGUUUUGCGAAGGGGGAUGCCAAUCAAGUUGUCGGCAGCCUGACUGGGAGCCAGAUUCUGAUCAUCGGCUGUGGAGAAGACGCUGUGAUUUACAAUUGCGUCCAUGUUGUGCAAAUGCUGCUCACGCUCUUUGCGGCGUAACUGGUGCCGUUCUGCGUUUUGAAAAGUAUUCAACAUGAUUCGAGAAUAUGGGAUGCAAGGAACAAUCUCGAUCCAGGCUUGGUUGUGGAUGUCGAAACAUCUCCGCUGUCCCAAGAAAGGAGAACCGUGGACGCCCAGAAUCGUGGAUAAACCGGGUGGCGUCAUAACGUUGCCAAAAAUCGUGGAUCGUUGAGGGAAUGCAACCAACUGAGUAUUUGGGUAGGAGUCGGCACGCUUUGAAUUCUAAAUUGAUGGAAAUCGUGUCAGGAACGAACAUUUUCAUUCAUUCCCAUAAAAAGAGAGAGCACCUGGAAGGAUCAUUGACCCAAGGCUAACAUGAGGCUUUACAACGCGAAUACUUGCACUCCGGCCGUAACUUCAAGUGGAACACGAUCAUGCUUUCAAAGAUCUGAACCUAGGAUACAGUCGCUCGCGGUAAAAGUCAACAACAAGCCACCACCGACGACGACUCAGCUGGAUACACAAUCACUCAAACUCGAAGCACCGACGCAAAGAAAGGUGAAGGAGAAGUUUCAAAGUCCAAUACCGAGCUCACACGAUGAAUACCAUAUCACACGAAAUCCUCCGCAUUUUCUCUCUCGAAACACGACAGCUGACACAUCAGUCAGUAGUGGUACCUUCUGCGGUAUAUUCAAUCGAAACUCCUCCAGAUCAUUCCACUUCGAUGUUGAUGGUGCCACGUGCAAUGACUUGGACGAACGUUGUCGAGGAGCUAGCUCGCCGUUUCCUUCAGAUUUUAGUGCCUCAACUUUGACGACCGUCUCUGCCUUUGAAACGUACCAAGAUCUUUUGGAAAAAGGGCACCCUCCUUACCAACCAAUUGAAUCAGCGGUAUCUAGUUCGGUUGAGAAGUCUUGUCUCGGGCAGGAACUCAUCUGGCCGUCACCCUGCAGAGUCAGACCUCGUCCCCGUUUGAGUGAUGUCGAACCAAAGGACUUUGGGAUCGAAGAGAUCGAAAACGUAGCGGCACGUGCAAAGCCCAAUCCGGAUCACAAGACUCCCUCGCAAUGGAAGUUGCAUGAAAAUUGUGCCUUUCUUCCAAGAAACCUGGCUGCUUCGGUCCCAGAACCAAAAAGGACGCAAUCAAAAAAAUGGAAUACUUUUGGUGCCAGCAGACGCUCCAAUGUCGAUGCAAACAACGACAUGCCGGAUCCUCAGUGCUUGACUCCGUUAACUUGGGUGCCAUUUGUGACUCGUUUUGAGUCUUCUCCUGCUUCAAUUGAGGAUUCGAUCUCUACUUUGUUUGAACCUAUUGAAUUUCCAAAGGAUGCGCCUUCCAAGUCGAUGAUUGUGGCCAGUCCAAAGCCCAAAGGCUAUUUUUCAAAGGAUCGCGGGCGCGGUGUAUCAGGGCGAGACAGCUUCAAGGGUCAUCGUCAGAAGCUGCAUGCGAGUGAUGCCGACAGCCAAACGCUAGAAAAAGCUGAAGAUGGCAUUUUGUCUCGAGAACGAAUAGGGGGGAAAGUGUUCCAGAGAAUACCGGGACUCUCUAAGUGCGCAAAAAUGACAACGCCCCAAAUAUACAGUAACCGAAAAUAUAUUGCAGCAUCCUCAGGGUAUUCUGAGACAACAGGGACUUUUAGUGUGCUGGACGAACAGCUACAUUCACCAGACUUGGGGGCCGCAUCGUUAGAACAAAUCUUUCAAAAAGAGCGAUUAAGAAAGUUUCAGACAAACGGGAAAGAGAUGAAGCAGUUCAAAGGAAAAGUCGAUGUUGAACAAAAGCAUUCGGAGAUUGUAGUAAAUUUGGAAAAUCAGCCAACAAAUUAUGCGCACAAGUCAGCCUUUAGCGCCACAAAGAAAGCAGUGAAAGCUGUGCCUUCCAGCGACGAUCUCGAGAAGGCAAAUAUGCUUGAUCUUACAAAUAAAGGACCUAGCGACAAGAUGAUUCCCGACUUGCCAGAAAAAUACACAAAGAUGUUGAAGGUCGGACUUUCCCGUGCAGCGACCGAGAACUCGAUGCGACGGGACGGCAUAGACCCUGACGACUUCCGGCCUCCGGAAACCACUUCAUCGAAACUUUUACCCACAGUGGCAGCCAAAGAUCCAUUCCGACGCUUCCGUAUACACUGGGAAGCGCAUACAAAUGUUCGAUCGAAUACUGUUUGGGCGAUGAUAGGAAGGGAUGAUCAAUGGCUGCUCAACCUUGCAAUUGAUCACGACGAAAUGUUUACAUUAUUCAGCGAGACGCGUGACUCAGCUCCUCACACCCGUAAACCAGGGCAAAGGAAAAACAAUGCAAAUGCGGUAAAAGUUAUCGAUUCGAAACGUGCAAAGAACGGUGGUAUCAUCCUUGCCAGGAUCAGAAUGAGCUAUAAAGAAAUUGUGAGAGCAAUCGAUUCCAUGGACGAAACGGCGUUGACGCUAGAGCAGAUAAAGGGCAUUGGUUUCCUCGUGCCAACUUUGGAAGAACGAGAGGCGCUGAAGAGACACAUCGAGCGUAGUGGCGAAGAGCUUACAACUGAGUGUGAGAAGUUUAUGUCGGAAAUUAUUUCAGUAGAAGACCCCGCGAGAAAUCUUGAGGCAAUGCUUUUCAUGAAGAAAUUUCCUUUUUGUGUUCUUGAGCUGAAAAACGGUAAGAAAGAUGAGGUGAAAGGGCAUAGAUGGCAGCCGCGUCUUCUCAACGUUUCUUCUCGUUUUACAGAUGCAAAGACGAUUCAGAAAGUAUGCGACGAAAUUUUAGGCGCUUCCAAGUUAAGGAGAGUGUUAGGUGUCAUUUUGCGUCUCGGAAACGAGCUCAACCAAGCUGAUGUAGCAGCUCCCAAAGGAGCAGUCGAUGCAGUCACCGUGAAAUCGCUUUCAAAACUUAAUCAAGACAAAGCAUUUGAUCAAAAGAUGACAUUUCUACAGUACGCAGCACAGAUUAUUCGAGAGAACAAUGAGGAAUUGCUGCUUUUUAAAGACGAUAUGCCUUCGCUAAAACUGGCGGAAAAAAUUUCUUGGGAGGAGUCCAUGCAAAACGUUGAGUCAAUUGAAAACAGCCUAACCAGGCUUCGAAAAAUAGCCCUUGGACGCGCUGAAGAUGACUCGGCUGAGAAAGAACGUGGCGAGCUUCCCACGGAAAAUGAGUUCCGCGUCCUUCAACGUACAUCAAUUGGUCGUUUCAUCUUCAAUUCAUACGUGGAGAUAAAUUCAAUGUACAAAGAAAUCGAAGCCGCCAAAUCGGCCUUCGAAUCUUUGUUGAACUAUUUCGGCGAGGAAGCUACAGAACCAGAAGUACAGCAUUUUCUUCAUUUCCUCUUUGAAUUUUGCAACGACUUCGAAAACGCCGCUGAGCGUGCCGUAGACAAAGGGAAUCACUACGCAAAAUCCGAGCGCCGGUGAAAAGUGGUGCCAAGUAUGGCAAAACAAAUGCUUUACAUCAGACCCAACCACCGCCGUAAGAUGAGCAACGCAAUAGGAGACAGUUUAUAGAUUGAUGCCACAUUCUUGUGGUGUUGAGUAUUUCUUCCAAUCAUCUGCAAUUUGUAUUUUAAGUGAACAGUUUGACAACUUUCCUACUACACUCGCUCAUGAUGCACCCAAAGCUCCGUCUGUAGACGUGUCGGAUCCAACAGCAUGGUUUGCAUAGCAUACAGAAUUGUGCCUCCCGGACCUGGGUUGAGGAUAGCGAUACCAUCGACAGGAACAACAGUGAUAGCUGGGAUAUCGUCUUUCCAGCGCAUUGUCGCGGCCGACAGGAGUGCCGAUCGCAAAAAGAUCCCAUCAUUUACGUGUUGCAUCUGCCCCGAUCUUGCUGUGAUGAAGUACAAUCUUAUUUGCACCGUAUCGAAACUUUUCGACCCAAGGUUGGUCUUGCGCAAGACGCCCGCAAGGCCAGCUAGCAUCUCGGUAAACACUACGGAUACUUCCAUAUCUAAGUGGA